AUCAGUAAGAUAACUAUAAGCCAUUUACAAAAGUGUGUGUCAUAUGCCCUUUCUAAGAACUGUGGGGACUUGAAUGGAUUACAAGAAAACCUUAAGGCAAUUAUUCCCCAUAACUUUGGGGAUCACCAGUUGUGUCAGCCAAGGUUUUGUGGUUAUCUUAGGAAUAAAGAUGUAUCCUAUAUCCACCGUUCUUUACCAUACAAAUCAAGUUUGACUGGUGAGAUGUUAAAGCAACGGUUAGACGACAUUAUGAAACCUUUUAUUGCCAAAGCCAGCCAACUAGUGAACCUAGGGUCAAGCCAGCAAUGUGAACAUGCCAACCGAGAAGUGUCCUUAAAGGCUCCAAAGAACAUUUACUAUGGAGGGAGUGAGGCAUUAGAUGUUCGAGUUCAAGCAACUGCAGCAUUUAUAAACGAAGGAAGAAACUACAUAGUAGAGGUAAACAAACAAGCUGAUUUGUCACCUGGUCACUACACACAAAAGUAUGCACAGCAUUGUGCCAUCAAACGCCAGAAAUGUCAGGAAACCUUUGCUAAGCCAUCAACAAAGGGAAGGCGCCUGUUUUUGAAAAAAGAGCGUGCUGUCAACCAGUCAGCUACAGAGUCACUCGAAGGGGCAACAUAUCAGUCAGAAGUUGGCCACACAGCUGACAUAGACAUAGACAAAGUCCCCGAUCCUAUACCACGUGGAGUGUUCAAGCCAGUUUGUUCAAGUGGCGAACCCUCUUAUAUCACUGUGGAUCUUGAAACAACAGACCUUAUUCGAGGAGAUGUUUACCCCCAUAUUACACAGAUAGCAGCCAAACAUGUUGGAACCGAGAACAGCUUCAACUGCUAUGUGCUACCAAAACUACCUAUGAGCGCAUCAGCAGAGCGAGUGACUAAAAUUAUUGUAACAAAUAGUAUAGAUAUGUGCGUAGAUGGUGUUCCUGUGGAAACAAAAACUAUACAAACAGCUCUCAGAGAUUUUCUUAUCUGGCUGAAUCAGUUUCGCUAUGUUUUUCUGAUUGCUCAUAAUGGAAAACGCUUUGACUUCCCAAUCGUCGUAAAUGCCUGUCAAGCUAGUGGAAUGUUUAAUAAGUUUAGUUCAUGUGUGUUGGGAUUGGUAGACAGUCUUCACGUGUUUAAAUCUAUCUCUCCUAAACGUGAGUCUUACAAGCAGGAGGACCUAGCCCGUUCAUUGCUCUCCAAGGUGUAUAACGCUCAUAACGCACUGUGUGAUGUUGAUUGUUUGUCCGAGCUGGUCAUUUAUGCUUUGAAACAGGAUGAUAAGUGUAUUACAGUCAAGAGUUUCUCUCCUAGUGAUGUGAAAUACAAUAUGGAUUCAAACAAAGAGAAACAUAAAAACUUGCCAUCCUUGUCUAUUUUGAUUGCAAGUGGCGUCAUGAAAUCUUCAACUGCAGAUAAUGUUGCAAGUUCGGGGUUAAACUUUAAACAUUUACAAACAAUUUUUCAACGUAAGGGAGAGGAUGGACUGUAUAAUGUGUUUACUAUGAAAAAUAGUGAAGGGUUGCCAAGAGUGACCAAUUCUAAGAGAGUUUUGGAAUCCGUUAUUCCAAAGUUAGUGUCAUACUUCGAUGGCAAAUAAUAAGUCAUGUAUGAUAAUUCUGGAUAAUUUUUAUCCUAACUCUUCUUAUGUAAUAACUGAAAACUAAGUUUUCUUCAUUUAUUUGUAAAACAUUAUUCAUUUGAUUUAUUUGUAUAGCAAGAAUCAAAUGCAAAUUGUAUGUUUAAGACAUUUUAAGCAUUUUUCAUGAAAAUAUGGCUAUCAAAAUUCAAGGGGGUCAUCUUGUUUGUGUUCUUGUCUAAAAGAAACUAGACGGUAAAAGUUUCUAAUUUUAACAUAUGUUAUUGCUCACACAUUCAGAACAAUUUUGGUGCCAAAUUUGCAUAGUUACAGGCACUUUCAUGUAAAAAUUUUGAACUUUGAAAAAAUAAGGGGAAAAUAACAAAAUUCUGAAAUGCGACUUUUUGAACCAAAUCUGUUUCACAUUUUUGGUAAUAUUUUCUUAAACCUUUUUAUUAUUCAUGAAUUGUUGUUUUUGGGUACAGUACAUAUACAGAUGAAUAAAAAAACAUGCUGAAACAUAUU